AUGGCUCAGGUAGCUCAAUUAGGUAAAUUGCCUCGUCAAAUCCUUCUGGCAUUCCGAGUCCUUCCAUCAGACAGGAAGAACUCUUCCUUCCAACAGGAAAAAAAUUUUCCAUCAGACAGGAAAAUAUUUUCCAUCAGACAGGAAAAAAUUUUCCAUCAGACAGGAAAAAAUUUUCCAUCAGACAGGAAAAAAUUUUCCAUCAGACAGGAAAAAAUUUUCCAGUUGUCCGUCCGUAAACCAUUCAAAUUUUCGAAAAUUGAGAACUUUUUGGUCGAACUUCAGGAAAAAUUUUUCCUUCCGACAGGAAAAAGUUCUUCCUUCCGACAGGAAAAGUUUUUCCCGACAACUGGAAGAACUCUUCCAUCCGACGUACCACCAACCGAGUCCAUUCCCAAGCCAGAAGAACCGACAGCCCCAGCACCACAACAGACUUACUAA